CGCAAAUUAGAACAACCACUUCGAUUUGUGAACAGCGCGAAACGCUGCACCAACGAUCGCGCGCGAAGCUGCGAAAGUUCCGACCUUAGCCGAUCCUUACCGGCAGGACGAAAGCUCCGUGUGCCGAACGUAAAAAGGACGAAACGUACCGCGAUUGGUGCGAAUUAGCGACAGAUGUGCGGCAAAGCGCGCGACGCGGAGCUUUCAAAGUGUGCGUAAAUCCGUGGCUGCCAGUUGAAAGCAUCCCGUGCGUGGCUGUGUGCAGUGUGUGUUUGUUGUUUAGUGUUUUACGAACACUUUAUUUAUUUUUUUCGUAUCGUUAUCAAACCGAAACUUUUUUUUGUUGUUGAUGUUGUUGUUUUCGGACAGGACAAACACUUUUUACUAAAUGAUAUUAUUUUUAUAGAAGCAGCAAGACGAUAUAUUUUUUAUACGAAACAAGAAGAACCAAAGAGUACAAAACUAAAAUAUAAACAAAGAGUACAAAGCCAAAUAAAUUAACCGACUCAGCGAAACCAUUCAGGAUCCUUUUUAUAAUAAUUAUUAUAGAAUAAUGACAAUAAAAACGAAAAUAUUUUUGCACAAAAUAUAAGAUAGGAGCCUCCCGAGUGACAAUGAGCAGUUAGCAAACCAUGAGCGAGACACUGAGUCAAGACCCCGACGGGCUCGGAGUGGCCUACACAACUCUCGCUCCAUCAUAUCCAUCUACGCCGGCAACACCUAGCUCUACAGUCCAAGACCUACCACCAGGAGCUAACUUACCACCGUUUUCAACGUUUGCUGCAGACAUAGACGGCAACGGAACAUUUACCUCAGUAUCCGAUAGAUUAUUCAGUGACACGCGCCUUUUAGACAUAUCAAAUUGGGAUUAUUAUACCGAAACCCGUUUGGUGGAAAGAGGCGAAAACGGUUUAUCCAUAAUAACGUCUCAGCCACAAUAUCGUCCUUGGGAAUCGAAACCUAUAGAUUCUUCCACAGCUACUUUUGCCAAUACGACGCAAGUAAACGCAUUCACGACGGACGCGUUCGCGAAUCAAACCGGUGCGUCAAAGUUGCCUUCGUUUCAAAGCCAGUUUCAAGCUUUCAGUGAAGCUGGCACGAACGAACCAACUUUGACCACCUUAACGAACCUAACCCCAGUAUCGCCAAAUUCUAGUCCACAACUCACCACCUUAAAUUCUAGUUUUCAUACAUUAAGUGCCGUAAAUCCUAGAAAUUACCCUUUAGUACCUGCCCCGAUACAAGCUAGAGAAAUACCAUCGAUCCAACAACAAUUUUUAGACGAAAGGCAUAUACAGUUAUAUUCGCAUCCUAUAAACAAUACGAUAUUUCCCACGGGUCAAAAUGGAGCUAUCUUGCAAAAUAGCCAUCAACUAAUUUCCUCACCCACGGUCGUGACAGUACUCAAAUCCGAACCAGAUAUUAAGUUAGGCUCGUUACAUCAAUCGGAUUUAAAACUACAAAACGUAUCGUUGCACCCGACACAAUUCCAAAACCCCAUGGCCGCAUUGAACAGUGAUUCGGGACUUUAUAACGGCAUCGAAAAGAAACUUAACGGCGGUACCAUAAUGACGUCGCCUUCGCGUAACGAUUUUCGCAAAAAGGAAAGACGGAAAAUGCGCGCGAACAGUCUGGAAAGUUCCGCGGAAAGUGACGGGGCGUCGAGCAACAUGGACUUGGGCCAGGAGAAUUCCGGUCAGGUCGCGGCGGUUUCCAGUACGGACGGGUUUAAAACGCAACACAUGGCCAUGGGCAUGGACGGGCACGACAUUAGCGGCGGCGUCAUGGACAAGCAAGUGAAAAAGAAGAGGAAGCGGUGCGGCGAAUGCGUCGGUUGUCAGCGGAAGGAUAAUUGCGGUGAUUGCGCGCCGUGCAGGAACGACAAAAGCCAUCAGAUUUGUAAGCAGAGGAGAUGCGAGAAAUUGACUGAGAAAAAGAGUUACCGAGGUCGUAAAGCCAACGGUCCGAUCACGCCUCUAAACACAGGACUACCAUCCGCAGCUGACACUAACGGCGGUGCAGGAUUACCCAAUCAGCAAUCAGCCGCGAGACCUAGUCCUCAACCAGUUACACAGCCCAUGCCCGUCCAGCAACAACCUAUGACCCCGAUGCCUUUCUACGCUGAUCCCAACCGUUUUCCCACUCCAGUGUGGCAAGCUGACCCAUCACAAGUAUCGGGCUGGCAAGGCCAAUUCAUCCAGCAAAUCCCAUCGGCUGCCCAACCAAUCGAUACUUAUCAACAAUACCCAAACGGAAUUUACCAAACCACCUAUCAGCAACCGGCCUUUGAAACAAACGCUUUCUACACUGGUGCUGUUCAGGUUUUAACACCCACCAAUAAUAGGCCUCCGAGUGUGCCAAAUCAGCAGCAGCAGCAACAACAAGUACAAAUGAUACCAGCAAGACCAAAUUCAAAUUACGCUCACACGCCUAGUCCAAGCCCUGCUGCUCAACAACAAAACCAGCAAAAUGCUAACAGGCAGCAGUAUCAAGAUUACAAUCAGUUUGGCUCUAAUACUUCCGGUAAUGAAGGAUCUCAAUCCAGGCCGAGUUCGGUUAAUAGUGUUAUUAAUCAGAACCCACAAACACCAAAUCAGAACUAUCAGCAACAAGGCAAUCAACAACAGCAGCAGCAGCAACAAUCUAGUCAGCAACAAACUGUUUACGCAACAGUAAGCACUGCAAAUUUUAGUCCCAGUUCCCAACAACAGCAGCAGCAACAAACCCAAUAUGUUAAUGCGAAUUCGGGAAACGGUCAGCCUGGGUAUCCGCAAGUGAACGCCAGCAGUCCGCAGGUAGUUUCACACAACUCUAGUGGUUACCCAGGCAGCGAGCAGUUUAGCGGACAACCACAAAAUAACCAAUCGCAAUGGCAGCAAGAUGACCACCAACUAUGGGAACGGAACGAUGGCAACAAAAUCGAGUAUCAGCAUCAGCAAAACGAGCAACACUAUAUGCAACAAUCCGAUAGGACUUCGUCACCAAUAGACAGUCCGCAAAAGACGUUUUCUCAGGCGGACAAAGUUAAUUUAAACACGCGAAUCAAAACGAUGAUAUUGAAUAAACAUCAGCAAAACGAUGCCAGUAAGAUAGAACAGGAAAUGAAAGAACAACAACAAAACCAACAAAAUACCGGUCAUUUUUUAUGGUAUAGCCACCAUCAUCACUUAGAUCCGUCGCUAAGUGUUGAUGGUGGCCCCCCCAAAAACCAACAACAAUCAAAGAAUACUCAAAAAUUUGCUCAAAAUAAUUUUAAGUCUUCGUCGGCAAAUAACAACGAGCUUCCUAAUAGAUUUUCUAAUAAUGUUCCUACAAGUAACAAUUUGAAUCCCAUGAAUCAAGAAAAAGAAAAUAUUGAUCAUCCACUAUCUACAACACAAACAAUUGAUUCUUCAUAUCCACAAUAUCGCCAGUCUUCUGUUUUCACAUUAACUCAUGCAAAUGCAGACCAGAAAUUAUUUUCUCCAACUAUAUCCAGUGCUAGUUUUCCAUAUACCCAACAAUCCCCAAAUAUAGACCAAAAACCUUCUCCGAGUAUUUUAUAUCCUAACGAUUCGCCUUCUACAUCUCGACUGCAGUCACCCCAAGAAAAACUUUCCUACUCGCCAACAAUGUUUGCUUCACCAGAAUCCUCUCAAACGUGGCGGCACGAAAAGAAAAAACUUUUUCCGAAAACCCUUUUCAUCCCUGAUAGCAGUGGAGCUAGAAAACCAGAAAAAUCUCCCACAAAAACGAUUGGAGAGGAAAUACCACAGUGCAACUGUUUUCCUUCUGAACAAAAUUCACCUGAACCAGGAGCUUAUUAUACGCAUCUAGGCUGUGCCAAUAGCCUAAAUACUUUGCGUGAUUCCUUGGAAACUCAAACUGGUGUAAGAGGAGCAGCUAUCAGAAUGGAAAAAAUCAAAUAUACUGGAAAGGAAGGAAAGACUGCACAGGGAUGUCCAAUAGGAAAAUGGAUCCAUCGUCGUAUAAGUUUAGAAGAAAAAUACCUAGUAUUAGUCAAACAUAGAACCGGUCACACUUGCCAUUCAGCUUUCUUGGUAGUUUGCCUUGUAGUCUGGGAAGGAGUCACUAGACCUCACGCAGAUGAACUUUAUUCUUAUUUAACGGAAAAACUGAACAAAUUUGGGCUUCCAACAAAAAGACGUUGUGCUACUAAUGAGCCUCGUACUUGCGCUUGCCAAGGCAUCGAUGAAGACACUUGCGGAGCGAGUUUUUCGUUUGGUUGCUCUUGGAGUAUGUACUACAAUGGGUGCAAAUUUACUCGUUCAAAGGACGUGAGAAAGUUCAGGCUGAGCUCAAAAGAUGAAGAGGCCAUAAUGGAAGAGAAAAUCCAGAAUCUAGCUGACCUGGUAAAUCCACUAUACAAGAAAUUAGCUCCACAAUCUUUCAUGAAUCAAACUAAAUUUGAAAACUUUGCAACCGAUUGUCGCUUGGGUACCAAACCAGGACGACCAUUUUCUGGAGUGACUGCUUGCAUAGACUUUUGUGCUCACGCGCAUAAAGACAUCCAUAAUAUGGUUGAUGGGUGCACGGCCGUUGUGACUUUGACCAAACACAAAGAUGCAACUUCAGCUUCCAAGUGUGGAGAUGAACAGUUACACGUGCUACCACUUUAUGUGGCCGAUGACACUGAUGAAUUUGGUUCGAAGGAAAAUCAGCAUUUGAAGGUUGUUAAGGGAGAACUUGAUAUUUUGAACAAGUACGAAUGUGAAGUCCGUACAUUCUCCGAGCCAGCAGAAAAGUGCAAAACCCGUCGAGGCAAAAAAGAGGAGAGUCAGAAAAAGCGCAAAACUACCUCACUGUCUUCCUCGUUGCCGUCCUUCCGUCAAAAACUAAUGUCGCCCUUUCGCAGUCCCGAAAUCCAGAACGGCCAAGUAUCCAGCACAGUAUUAGAUUGUCCAAAGAAUUGGAGGUCUCUCUUAGACGGCAAACGAAUGAUUACCAAGUUAUUGUCAUUUCUCAGCCUUGCCAAAGUUUAUAGAAUAAGUAUUACAUUUUAGAUUGUAAGGUUUUUUUGAUGCACAAAUUUGUUUGUUAAAAAAAAAAGACAUUUUUCUAGUCUCUGAUCCGAUGGAACAGUUAUUCCAGUUUGAAUCGUUUUAUUUAGGUAGUUUAAGAAAAUCUAGGUUUAUAAUGUGUAAAACUAAAAACCACAACUACCUACAAUAAUUAUGGAUUUUUAACCGUUAUUCAAUUGCAGUUUUGUAAAAUUUUAUUUUUUUAUAUUCGUUCUCAAUGAAAACAAAACUGCCCUUGAAAUUGGGGUUAUUAAAACAAAACAGUGCCUGUAUGAUCUCAGAAAACAAAUUGCUAUAAAAUAGGUCACAAAAUAUACUGAAACGAAGUACAAAAGAGAAAAAAAAAUCAUUAAAUUUUUUUAUUAAACGUGUACAUAGAAAAUGAACCAAAAUCACUCUGUCUAAAAGUAUACUAUGUAAUACCUACUACUGCUUUUUUUUUAAGUUUAUACCAAAGUUUAUUAUUUACUAUUAACACUGCAGUAUUAAUUAGUGAGGGCCAUGAUUUACCAGCAAGUAUAUUUAUUCAUUUUUGAAAAACGUUUCGAAUUUGAGCCCUUGUAUCAUCAAAUCAUUGGUCCCAACCAAAAAAGACCAGAUAAUUGUUAUGGUUAAGCCAAAUCAAGUGUAAUAGUUUUUAAAUUCUGAAAAUAUUAAAAUUUAAAAAAUACAUCCAUCUUAAAAAUCCACGCAGCAACUCUGUUUCCGAAUCCCAAAAAUUCCAUUUAGGCUCUGAUGAUAUAUAACUUUAGGCAUUAGUUCGAAACGUUUUUCCUUGUGAUUUCUAAAUCCUUUAUUGCAUUUUUAUUUAAAUAGGAUUAUUAUUCUCGUGUAAAAUACGUUAAAAGUUUCUUAUAGAUUAAGAAUUAAUAUUAUAGAAUUUUAUUGAAAUAAAAAAAUCAUCAGCCUUUAGAGUGUCAUAAUGUGUCACAAAAAUUUAAAAUGUAUAUUUUUUUCAUAAGAGGUGGCACAAUUAAUAUAUUUAAAUUUAAAAAAAAAACCUUACUGUACUCUUUGUACAAUUUCAGGAAUAUUUUCAAAAAUAAUUUACACAGAGUGCAGUAAGUCGAGGAAAACUACGGCCGUAAAAAAGAACGUUACUGUAUAAAAAUUAACUUUUUCAAAUACAUUUUAAUAGUUUUAGAAAUAUAUUUUUAUUAAAAAAAAAAAUUGAAGAGCAGAUAUUGAUAAUUACUUAUUUGAAUGUAUAGGAUUAGUAAAACGCUAUAACGUCGUUUUUUUCAAAAGAAAAUUGUGUAUUUCGAGAUAAACUUAUUAAAUGUUGAUGCCAAAUUUUAAAAAGUAGGACUAUAAUUUUGUUUUUUAAAAGCACUAUAAUGAGUUCACUUACAUGCUUGACAAUUUAAUACAUAUAUCUAAUAUUUGCCAUAUUUUUGUGGCCAGUAAAAGCCAUACGAUGUAUUAUAUUUUUGGAUUUAUUAUCCACAAAACAACCAACUUAUUUUUAUUUAUUUAUUGAUAUUUAUUAUUUAUUACCUAGAUUUUAUAUUAAUAAUUUUGAUAGGGGCCUGGUUCUUUUCCAAAAUGUUUAGAAAGGAAAAUGGAAAAAUAAAAACUUGGUUAAGGAAACUGGCCCUUUGUCUCUAUGCAAAACUAUACAGCUGGAAAAUUCCAAUGGAUUUAUUUAUUAGCAAGAAGUCAAAUUGUCAAAAAGUUUUAUUUUUGUGCAAUACCUUGCAAAAUACUAGUUAGUUUUUGCCUAAAGACAACAAAAUAAACCCUUCACAUUUAGGAUUUUAUGAAUAGAAGUUGUACAUAUAUUUUUUUAUAUCUAAUCCGUUUCCAUUUAAAUUUAAUGAAUAAAAACAGCCAAUAAAAGCAAUCGAUUUGUAAAUAUUUUUCCUUUUUUAAGUGGAUACUUAAGCAUUUUACUAUUCAUUGUGAAAUUUUCUCAUCAUCGAUUUUCAUUAAUUAUUAGUUUAGGUUUAAAAUAAAAUAAAGCAAUAUAAUAUCUUUAAAAUUAUUAAGGAAAGAUUCAUAUCACCGUUUGACGCUGUAAGUAUCUACUCAAAAUUUUUAAAUUAUUGAAAACUUUUUAUCGAUCUAUAAAACUACUCUAUUGUUUUUAAUUCCUAGAUAUAGACUUUUUAUUUUAGAAGUUUAAG